UGUGGGUGAGCGAGUGGCGUUGGUUCCGUUUCCGUGGCUGCGUUCUCAGCUUGCGAACUUUGCCUUCUCUUCUCUCUCUCUCUCGUGACAUUCCGUUUCGUUUUUGUCGCAAAGCUUCCUCUAGCCGCAGCCAUGGCGACGGUUCCUCCUCUUCCUCCUCCUCCCAGAUCUCAUCCCUUCAUCCACACCGUCUCUCAUCAUUGGCAUCACCUUCAUCGGCAUCAUCAUCAUCAUCAUCAUCACACUUCGUUCGUUCUCUUCUGGUGCCUCAUGGUUUCUCUGUUCCCGCCUCUCGCUUUGUCGUAUUCAGUCUCUUCUUCUUCCCAAAUCUCUCUUGGAAUUGGCGAUUCAGAAGGAACGAGGCAGGAUCUGCACCAACAACUCCUAAGAGAUGAAGCCGUCGCCAGGUUACACGAGCUCGGGAAGGUGAGUGAUGCGGAUGGUCACCUGGAAAGGACUUUCAUGAGUCCAGCUUCCAUGAGGGCAAGAAAUCUUAUCAAAGGAUGGAUGGAUGAUGCUGGUUUAUCAACGUGGGUUGACGUCAUGGGAAAUGUACAUGGUCGAGUGGAUCCAAAGAAUGGAAGCACACAGGCUCUGUUAAUUGGUUCCCAUAUGGACACAGUUGUUGAUGCUGGUAAAUACGAUGGCUCGUUAGGGAUAAUAUCUGCAAUAUCUGCUCUAAAGGCGCUGAAUGUCAAUGGCAAGCUGAGAGAAUUAAAACGGCCUGUCGAGGUGAUUGCGUUUAGUGAUGAGGAGGGAGUGAGGUUUCAGUCUACUUUCCUGGGCAGUGCUGCUUUGGCUGGUAUCAUGCCAGUCUCUCGCUUGGAGAUUGCUGACAAAAGUGGUGUCACUGUGCAAGAUGCUCUUAAAGAGAGCUCAAUAGACAUAACAGAGGAAAAUCUUUUGCAGCUGAAGUACGAUCCUGCAUCUAUUUGGGGCUACGUAGAGGUUCACAUUGAGCAAGGACCUGUUCUAGAAUGGGUCGGUUAUCCUCUAGGGGUGGUGAAAGGCAUUGCAGGUCAGACGAGACUGAAGGUGACUGUAAAAGGUUCUCAGGGACAUGCUGGAACAGUUCCAAUGUCAAUGCGCAAAGACCCUUUGGCCGGUGCAGCCGAACUGAUUGUACUUCUGGAAAGUGUUUGCAAAAACCCUAAAGAUCAUUUAUCUUGUGACGGCGGUAUAUGCAACGGGGACAUGAUAGAAUCUCUUGCUAGUUCCCUUGUCUGCACAGUUGGAGAAAUCUCGGCAUGGCCGAGUGCUAGUAAUGUCAUCCCAGGCCAGGUAACGUUCACUGUGGAUUUACGUACCAUAGAUGACGUAGGACGUGAGGCUAUUCUCCACGACUUAUCAACGAGGAUGUACCAGAUAUGCGACAAACGGUCUCUUUUAUGCUCCAUUGAGCGCAAGCAUGACGCCAAUGCAGUAAUCUCAGACCCAGAGCUGACUUUGCAGCUGAAAUCAGCAGCUCAGACUGCUCUGAAGAGAAUGACGGGGGAGAACCAAGAUGAAGUCCCCGUUCUAAUGAGCGGCGCCGGACAUGAUGCAAUGGCUAUGUCUCAUUUGACCAAGGUGGGCAUGCUCUUCGUCAGGUGCCGAGGAGGCGUAAGUCAUUCUCCAGCGGAACAUGUGUUGGAUGACGAUGUUGGAGCAGCCGGUUUGGCAAUCUUGGCGUUUCUGGAGUCUCAGAUGUUCUAAUGUAAGGAGAUCUAU